CGAACUCACAUUCGCCCCAAAUCCCAAGCAUGCGGGUCACCGAGCCGCGAACCCUCCUCCUGCUGCUCUCGGGGUCCCUGGCCCUGACCGAGACCUGGGCGGGUCACAUUCACCUCGGACAUGGGGACCCGCGCCCGAAGGAGCGUCGGCCCGGGUGGCAGCCCCUCCCGGUCCCAGGGGUCCACUCCUUGAGGUACUUCCAUAUUUUGGUAUCGCGUCCUGGCCUCGGGAGGGACCUUUAUCAGUCUGUCGGUUACUUGGACGACACUCAGUUCGUAAGAUACAACAGCGAAACCGCGAAUCCGAGGGUGGAGCCGCGGGCGCCGUGGAUGGAGCAGGAGGGGCCGGAGUACUGGGACAGGCAAACCAACAUAGCCAGAGAACAUUCGCAGGCUUCGCGGGCGAACCUGCAGGUCAUCGUUGGCAACCACAACCACAGCGAGUUGGAAUCGCACAGCUUCCUUUGGCUGGCUGGCUGCGAUGUCGGGCCGGACGGCCGCAUCAUCCGAGGGUACGAGCACUUUGCCUACGACGGCGCGGAUUACAUCACGCUGAACGAGGACAUGCGCUCCUGGUCCGCGGCGGGCACGGUGGCUGAGAUCAUCCGGCGCAAGUGGGAGGUGGAGGGAGCAGCGGAACGGUACCGGGCAUACUUGGAGACCGAGUGCGUGGACUGGCUCCGCAAAUACCUGGAGAAGGGGAAGGAGACACUGCUGCGCGCGGUUCCUCCGAAGACCCAUGUGACCCGACAUCCCAUCUCUGACCAUGAGGUCACCCUGAGGUGCUGGGCCCUGGGCUUCUACCGGGCGGAGAUCUCACUGACCUGGCAGCGUGAUGGGGAGGACCAGACCCAGGACAUGGAGCUUGUGGAGACCAGGCCUUCAGGGGAUGGAACCUUCCAGAAGUGGGCGGCCCUGGUUGUGCUUUCUGGAGAGGAGCAGAGAUACACAUGCCAUGUGCAGCAUGAGGGGCUUCAAGAGCCCCUCACCCUGAGAUGGGAACCUCCUCAGACCCCCUUCCUCACCAUGGGCAUCAUUGUUGGCCUGGUUCUCCUCGUGUUGGCAGUGGUGGCUGGAGCUGUGCUCUGGAGGAAGAAACGCUCAGAUGGAGAUGGAUCGAGCUAUGCUCAGACUGCAAGAGAAGACAGUAUCUGAGACCCUAAUGUAUCUCUCAUGACUCCUAAAGUGUGAAACUGAUGGCUUGUGUGGAACUGAGUGAAGAAAGUUGUGUUCACGCCCUCGCUCUAUGACUUCAGAACCUAGACUUCUCUUUUCGUAGAGGUGUCUGAAUGUGUCUGUAUUCCUAUAGUGUAAUGUGAGAAAGUGGGGAGGCUGACCCACCCCUGCCCACAAUGGCCUCCAUUUCUUCCCCCCACCAUUGCGUAAUGGGAUCAUAGGUGUUUGUGUAUCAUCGUAUUGUUUAUUUACAUAUGUGCAGUUCUUUGUUGUAUAUAAGUGCUACCUCAAUAAACCUGUGUAAAAAAUAUCAUUUUGAAAA